GAAGGAUACCCCACCACCCCACCGCUCCUUCUUCCUCCUCUCCCUGCGGCGGCGAGCUGCUGCUGCUGCUGCGAUGGCCGACAGCAACCCGGCGGACGGCAUCAAGCGAUACACCCCUCCCGUGCACAGGAAUCGUGCAAACAAUCGGCGGAAGGCUGGAGGGGCCGAGAAAGCCAUCUAUUCAUACAACAAUGAUGGAGAGAAGAGCCAUGUUCCUUCACUAAAGAACCUUCCUCCAAUCAUACAUCAUGAUGCUUUUGUCAGCAAUGCUCAGAAUGAUCACAGUCAUGCAAGAUUAGUACCCUUGGAAGGAUGCUCUGCUAGUGAGGCUGCACAUCUUCACAGUGAACGUUGGGCUGCUGCAAUGAACUCGUAUAAUGACCCAAAUGAUUCCUCUGAUAAGCCAGUAAUGUAUGCUGGUUCUGGUGGAUCAUCAUCGGGUCACGCUCAAAUGAAACUUCCUCACCAGAUGAACUUCCUUGAAGAUCUGCGUCGUGCCGUAGAUGCUCAAACGGGCUUGGCACCAGCGCUGGACAACACAACCUGGUAUUAAUCAAAGUCGAGCUGCAUUCGUGGAGUGCCACAGAUUUGUCAGAAUAAACUUUUUUUGCCAGUUCUCUGUGUGCCCACUUUUGUAUUUAAGCCAUGUGUAUGGCAUGCACAAAUUUUAGUCUAACCUGUGGCUGCUUGGUCUCUCUAAAAUGAAGUAGCAGUCAAUUCCUUCUCUCUGUAACCUUACGGGGAUUGAAGGCCAGCCUGCUGUGUCGUGUAGUACCUGAAUCACCGGGGCACUAUUACUCAUGCCUUAGGAAUGUCUGGGUGGAAAUUAUAUUUUUGUUCGAAGAAUAUAUUGUUGGAUGUGUCCAUUGUCUUA